AUGGCAACAUUGUCACAGAGAAAGCUUGCAGAAUCAAUAAAGCUAUUGGAAAGAGAAUGGAUAAAAAUGCACAGGACAUCCAUCCAAUUGAGAUGCGGAGAGAAAAAGGAAAUGUCAUACAGAUAUGUUGAUGUCACGGGUAAAGGAUCAUUUGGUGUUGUUGUCAAGAUAGCCGAUGAUAACAACAACUUUUUUGCACUGAAGAGAGUCUAUCAGGACAGAAGAUAUCACAACAGAGAGCUCAGCAUUCUAAUGGAUAUGGAACAUCCAAACAUCAUAAGCCUUGUGUCGUAUUUCUACACGGACAAGUCUCCUUCAGGAAUGUAUCUGAACAUUAUCACGGACUUUGUUGACAUGAAUCUUGAGGAAUACAUCUCGAGUGCAAAGUGUUUAGAUAUAAAGAGCAUAGGAUCAAUAUAUAAGCAGAUUUUAGAGGGACUGCGAUACCUGCAUGGAAAAAGCAUCUGCCACAGAGAUAUCAAACCAUCAAAUAUUCUUAUUGGCCAUGACGGACUUGUCAAGAUAUGUGAUCUUGGAAGUGCUAAGAUGAUCAAGAGCGGAGAAAAUAACGUGACAUAUAUAUGCUCUAGAUUCUAUAGAGCACCUGAAAACCUGCUUGAUUACAAAGAAUACGAUUUCAAGAUGGAUGUGUGGUCUGUUGGAUGUGUAAUGGCCGAGUUUAGGCACCCAGAGCCAAUAUUCAAAGGAGAUACAAGCAGAUCAACACUCAAGAAGAUCCUUGAGAUAGUCAAGGCCAACGAGGAAGAACUAAUUGAGCUUGGAUGCCAGGAUAUUAUGUUAAAUCCCAAGGGAUGCAUCGGGAUCAAAAGAUACCUAGAAGAUUAUUUUGAUGAUCCAGGGAUUCUGGAUGUUUUUGAGCGCACAUUUGUGUUUUCUCCACACAGAAGAUCCUCUGCAGACGAGCUUCUCAAAAGAAAGUUUUUUGAAGCAGUUUAG